AUGAUACAAACACACAAACACUCUUCUUUACAAGUUCUACUGUUUAGUUUUGUUUCUCUAUUUCUAGUCAGUGAACAUCAGGACAUACCUCUUGUGGAUGAUAAGGGGCCCAGAGUGUCGUCUUUGCUGGUUUACAACCGCAAAGACACAAUCCUUCAAUCACAUGGUAAUCGCAGACCUAAGGAUUCCCUUAUCGUACCACCACAGAGGAUUGUUUCACUGGCAUACAGGUUGAAUCUGGGAGUGUUACAGAAUUUAUUUCCUGUGACCGAGUGGAGACUGACAUCAUCGUGCCAGCAAACCAUUAAACAGGUGACCUGCACAUACCUGUUGGUGGGUAAAGAUGGGCAAAUGGACACCUCCACUUGGGAGAAGGAAGAGGUUCCCGUUCCAUAUGCAGAGUGUGACGAGAGCCUUAACCCAGAGGAGAUGGAGGUGCCCUUUGUUUGCUGCCAUCUUUCAGACAGACGGGUUACUGAUGUCGGCCUGAAGCUGCCCGCUCUCCGUGAAGCGUUCGCUACUCUGCUUGCCAGCAUCCACAACCAGAACUUCUUGUUCUUGGUUGGAAAGAAGAUCGUCAUGCGUCUGGCAGCGGCUAACAUCCAGGAUGUAGGUGGGGUGAAGUUGGCCUACGAGGCCUUGAUUCAAUUCCUGAGGACGCCUUCUUAUCAGGAUUCGAUUGAAGCAGAGAUCUCCUCCUGUGUCCCCCACUACAACUUCCUGGAUGUUUUUUUUGAGCUGAUUCUGUUUCACCAUUUCAGAAGUGGCUCAACACUUGAGACAUUUAAGGGAGGAUUCUUGGAGCGCCUACUUGAGCUCGUCAGCAUGUGAGAUGUGGACGUGUGGGAGCCUGCAGCAGAGCUGUACUUCACAGUGCUUAUCGAUCACCUAACACAGCUUGCUGAAGUACUGUUCUCUCAGCAUCUGGAGCUCUACAGCGACCCAGCAGCCUUAGCCACCAGGGUUCAGCAUCUUCUCAAGAAGCACGUCCAGCAGAUGAUGGACAUUUUGGAGAAGCUCUGAGCAAUGUCUUUUUUAUCGCUUUAUUUCUUCUUCUUCUGUUUCAUUUUAUGUUUAUUCUUUUCCCUCACUUCUUUUCCCUACAUUGCUCAAG